AUGCCGCCCCCGCAGAACGUGUCAAUAAGCCAGCGGCCGCUGCAUGUCCUGGAAGGCCAGUCUCUCACGCUCUCCUGUUUGAGUCACGCUUUUCCAGAAGUGCUGUCCUACAGCUGGUACCUGGUGUAUGAGGACAGGGAGGUCCAGCUCAGCGAGCGGUCAGAGAGGCUCCACCUGCAGGUCGUGGGCAGGCACAUGGGGCCAUACCGCUGUUCAGCUCACAAUGAAAUCGACCAGAGUCGCUCCACCAGCACGCUGGUUCGUGUGGACUUCGCGCCAGUCAUUUCUCCAGACUCCUCCUGCACACUGGAAAAAGGACAGGUCAGGUGUGAGUGUGUGGUUGAGUCUUAUCCACUGGCAGCUGUGACCUGGACUGCCCCUGGUGUUCAAAUCAAUCGAACGGUCAGCAUGGAGUUCAGUGGGAGUCUGAAGUCUACUCUGACCGGGCACAUGGGGAACGGACAAGAUCAUUUGAUCACCUGCCACGCUGCCAACAAAUAUGGACAGAUUUCUCUGCAGCUCACACUCAAAGGCUCUUCUGCCUCGUCCAUGUCUUCACUCGCCGCUGCAGGAUGUGGAGGCGCUGCUUUAGUGCUCCUGAUCGCUGCGAUUCUCUACUGCACACAACGCAGCAGGGAGAACAUCAACCCACUGGUAGAAGUUGAGCUGAAGGACAAUGAACAGGAAAAGGGAGAUACCAAGUACUCCAGAACAAUGUGGUUCUGAUGGCUGCCAGAGUGAAAGUAUUUCGAUAUUUCUUGCCUAUUAUUUUAAGUUUUUAAAUAUUACAGGAGAACAAAUAUUAUGUGUAUUAUGUUGAAUUGACAUAGAAUUUGUAACAUUAUAGAAUUCCAG